UUCAUGGGUAAUGGAUUAGUAAUUCGGAUCCGUACCCGUUAGUAAUCCAGUCUUCAGUUCUUUAUCUACUGGUUACUGACUCACUGCAACAAAUCCCUAAAAGCAAAUAACUCUGGACCGAGUCAACUCAGCUCUCUCUCUCUCUCCUAAACUCUCUCACUCAUCACUUUAAAGUUUAAACAUAUAACGUAACCCAUACACCACCUGCCAAAGUAUUUUCGUAUUUAUAGGCGGGGCUUUUCACUUUCUCUCCACACGCGCGCACCGGGAGCAAUGGCAGACGUCUCCGACGAAGCGAAGGACAUCGGGAAGCUCUACGUGUAUGGUGAACGCCUCAACGAAGUCAAAGACAAGUCCCAGCAUGCUGAGGAUUAUGAAAACAUUAUUAAGGCGGGAAAGAGUAGCAGUGUGAAAGCAAGGCAAUUAGCUGCGCAGCUAAUCCCUCGAUUCUUCAAGUACUUUCCUGGUCUAUCGGAUAAGGCAGUCGAUGCGCAUCUUGAUUUGUGUGAAGCUGAAGAAUUAGGGAUUCGGGUGCAAGCGAUUCGUGGGCUUCCUCUUUUCUGCAAGGAUACACCACAGCAUCUGUCUAAAAUUGUUGACAUUCUCGCACAACUCCUCACUGCUGAGGAAAAUGUGGAGCGUGAUGCUGUGCAUAAAGCACUUCUGUCCUUAUUGAGGCAGGAUGUUCGAGAUUCUUUGGAUGCCCUAUUUAAACAUAUAGAGAGUGUAGAUGAGCAGAUAGCAGAUGAAAGUCUACGUGAGAGGACCUUACUUUUCAUUAGAGACAAGGUUUUUCCACUUAAAACUGAGCUCUUAAGGCCCCCGGAGCAAAUGGAAAGGCACAUAACUGAUUUGAUAAAAAAGAGCCUACAAGAUGUCACUGGAGCAGAAUUUAAGAUGUUUAUGGAUUUCUUGAAAAGCUUGAGCAUGUUUGGCCAGAAAGCUCCUCCAGAGCGGAUACAAGAACUUCUUGAAAUUAUUGAAGGCCAAGCUGAUCUAGAUGCCCAAUUUAGUGUUACAGAUGGAGAUCAUAUUGCUCGAUUGAUUUCGUGCCUAUUUACGGCACUUCCAUUUUUUGAGCGGGGUGCAUCUAAUAGCAAGUUUUUCAACUAUUUAAACAAGCACAUUUUUCCAGUUUUCGACGAGCUCCCUGAAGAACGAAAAGUGGACCUUCUUAAAGACCUUGCUGAGGGUUCGCCUUACACCUCCCCACAAGACUCGAGACAAAUUCUCCCUGCUGUUGUUCUGCUCUUAAAGAAGACCAUGCCUCGAAGAAAAGCAGAAGAGAUGAACUUCACUUAUGUGGAGUGCUUGCUAUACUCAUUCCAUCAUUUAGCUCACAAGACACCAAACGCCACUAAUAGCUUAUGUGGUUACAAAAUCGUGACUGGGCAACCAUCUGAUAGGCUUGGGGAAGACUUCUCAGACCAGUACAAAGAUUUCUCUGAGCGACUGACUUGUGUUGAAGACCUAGCCCGGGUUACCAUAAAAAAGUUGACUCAGGGCAUGGCCGAGCAUAAUAAAACGCUGCCAGCUGCUGUAUCUGAUGAGGCAAAGGCUAGCAUUAAAACACAGAAGCAGAACACCACUUCUGGGUUACGAACUUGCAAUAACAUCUUGGCUAUGACGCAGCCUCUGCACUCCAAGACACCUUCAUUUAUUGGUGACAAGAGAAUUAACUUAUCUUGGAAAGAAGUGGUGAAACCUUCCACAACAUCAACAUCAACUACUACUGCCACUGGAGGGAAGCGACCUCCUGGUGCACAGAGUGGUGGUGGUAACAACCCUUUGAAAAAGGUACGUGGAGGUGGCAGUACGCAGCACCACCAGCUUCCUAAUAGGGCAUUUGAAGAUCAACCAUAUCCACACGGAGGGAGAAAUUCCGGCGGUAGAGGCAGGGGCCGAGGUGGACAUGGAAGGGGGAGGGGGAGGGGGAGGGGCAGGGGAAGAGGUAGAGGAUGGGGUUUUCAAUAGUGUGCUUUUCUUUAUAAAAAAAAUGAUUAUUUUUAUAUAGAGCAGAAUUCACGAGGUUCCGAGUUCAAUGCAUUUGAGCAAUUUUGGCGACGGAUCUUUUUCCAAUUAAAUUCUUUGGCUUUCCGGUGGUGAGAUUUGGAAUAGAUUAUGCCGAUUGAGUUUGUUUGAUGCUCCUACACUCACCCAAAUUCAUCGGGUAACAAGUAAGCAUACAUGUGUGUUGAUAACCAUCUAUUUGGUACACAUACAUUCACGUAAUUGUGUGUAGAUUUAUGGUGUAAAGGUAAAAAAUUACCUGGUGUUUUUUAUUUAUUAGGAUCUACAAAACCAUGUGGAUUGUAUAUUGAUAGUUCACAAAUCAUGCCAUCCAUGCAUGUACAAAUUCA